AUGACUACAACUUCACCUUCAGCGGAGAACCUCGCAACUUCAUCCUCCGCACCCAUACUCCCAUCCCGCCCCGACACGCUCAACUCCGUUGUCAACAACACGGCCUCUAACUACUCACCGUACGGCGCCUCGCGUUUGGGAUCCAGUCCUUACGGAGGGUACGGUGGUUACGGUGGUUACGGCGGCAUGGGUGGCAUGGGUGGCAUGGGCGGCAUGGGUGGCUACUCGCGCUUCGGCUCUAUGGGGUCGAUGUACGGCGGGUACGGCGGCAUGGGUAGCAUGUAUGGAGGCAUGGGAGGGAUGUACGGCGGCAUGCCUGGGCAGGAUCCCAAUGACCCGAACAGCCUGACCAACUCGUUCAGCCAAAGUACGCAGGCGACGUUCCAGAUGAUCGAGAGUAUCGUCGGGGCCUUUGGCGGUUUUGCGCAAAUGCUCGAGAGCACGUAUAUGGCCACUCACAGUUCAUUUUUCGCAAUGGUCUCGGUCGCAGAGCAAUUCGGAAAUCUGCGCAACACCCUCGGCUCGGCACUGGGCAUCUUCACUAUCAUUCGCUGGUUCCGAACCCUUAUCGCCAAACUCACCGGCCGCCCUCCCCCGGCCGAUGCGGCCUCUUUGACGCCUGCUUCCUUUGCAGCUUUCAUGGGCGGUCGCUCUGCACCCUCUACUCUUCCCGAUGGCUCCCCGGCCCCAGCCAAGCCAUCAAAGAAGCCAUUCUUCAUGUUCCUCGUCGCCGUCUUCGGCCUCCCCUACCUGAUGGGCAAACUCAUCAAGGCCCUCGCCCGCUCACAAGAAGAAGAGGCCAAGCGCCGGCAACAGCUCGCCGGUCCAAACGGCGAGAAUGCCUCCAUGGACCCAUCUAAGCUGGACUUCUGCCGCGUCAUGUACGACUACUCCCCCGAGACACAGGAGAGCAACGGCAUCGACCUCGCCGUGAAGAAGGGCGAUAUCGUCGCCGUCCUCAGCAAAUCCGACCCCACAGGCAACGCCUCAGAAUGGUGGCGCUGCCGUGCCCGCGAUGGCCGCGUCGGCUACCUCCCCGGUCCGUACCUGGAAACCAUCCAGCGUCGACCAGCCCAGCAGGCCAUCGCCGGCGGCAGCGAGCCUGUAACCCGCACCAGCACGAUGAAGGGCGACGACAACCGCACCCAGAGCCUGUCUUCCCUCUCGAAGCCUUAUGCUGACCAGCCGCCGGAACUCAAGGGCAAGAUGGGUGACAUCUCGCCGGAGAGUUUCCAAAAGAGCACUUUCUAUUCAUGA